UCUUUACUAUCGGAGAACUAAUUGUAUUUCUCCUUGAUGAGAUUCCUCCGAGGCGAACACCGAAUAUUGUCGAUUAUGAUCGAAUGAAAAAGAUUCCUUGCAAGUUCUUUGGUCGCCCUCGUCCUGUGCUCGUCUUUCGGUGUCGUGUAGAAAUUCAUCGAAAAUGGCGUUCGGCGAUUAUCCAGCUGAAUAUAAUCCAAAAGUUCACGGCCCGUACGACCCGGCACGUUACUAUGGAAAACCUGAUACUCCACUAAGCCAGGUUAAAUUGGGGGAGUUGAGUAGCUGGAUUGCAAGGCGUAACAAGAGUCCCCAAGCUAUUGCCCAGGCAACUAGCAGGGGUAAGUAUGUAACAUUACGUCGAACUCGUAUUUUAAUAAAAAAAAAAUUUUUGAAAUUUUACCAUAGUCUGUGAUACACAUUUUAAACUACUUAAAAAUGAAAGGUAAUAUUUUUUUUUCUAGCAUGGUGGAGAUGGCAACAUAAGUAUGUCCAUGCCAAGAGGGGUGGGAUGGCUCCAUACAUUCAAUUUCUUUUUGGUGCAAUGACUUUCUUCUAUGUCAUUAACUAUGGAAAGAUCAUUUUGGGAAGUUAUUUCUGAUGAACAUGGUAUUGAUCCAAAUGGUUGCUAUCGUGGUGAUUCAGAAUUGCAGUUGGAAAGAAUUAAUGUUUAUUACAAUGAGGCAUCAGGUACCAAGUAUGUGCCACGAGCCAUAUUAGUUGAUUUAGAGCCAGGCACUAUGGAUUCUGUUAGAUCUGGACCUUUUGGACAAAUCUUUCGCCCUGACAAUUUUGUUUUCGGACAAAGUGGAGCUGGUAAUAAUUGGGCGAAAGGGCAUUAUACAGAAGGAGCAGAACUUGUAGAUGCAGUUAUGGAUGUGGUUAGGAAGGAAGCUGAAAAUUGUGACUGUCUUCAGGGUUUCCAGCUCACUCAUUCAUUAGGUGGAGGAACAGGAUCAGGAAUGGGGACCUUGCUAAUAUCUAAAAUAAGGGAAGAGUACCCUGAUAGAAUAAUGAAUACCUUCAGCGUUGUGCCAUCCCCUAAGGUCUCGGAUACUGUUGUAGAGCCUUACAACGCCACUCUCUCAGUUCAUCAACUUGUGGAAAAUACUGAUGAGACUUACUGCAUAGACAAUGAGGCAUUGUAUGAUAUAUGCUUCCGCACAUUAAAACUGACAACACCCACUUAUGGAGAUCUCAAUCACCUAGUAUCUGCAACAAUGUCAGGUGUGACGACAUGCCUCAGAUUUCCUGGUCAGCUAAAUGCUGACCUUCGAAAACUGGCUGUGAACAUGGUUCCUUUCCCACGUUUGCACUUUUUCAUGCCUGGAUUUGCUCCUCUAACAUCUCGUGGGAGUCAGCAAUAUAGAGCACUCUCAGUGCCAGAAUUAACCCAGCAAAUGUUUGAUGCCAAAAAUAUGAUGGCUGCUUGUGAUCCUCGACAUGGUAGAUAUUUGACUGUAGCUGCAGUUUUCAGAGGAAGAAUGUCAAUGAAAGAGGUCGAUGAACAAAUGUUGAAUGUGCAGAACAAGAACAGUAGCUAUUUUGUGGAGUGGAUUCCCAACAAUGUGAAAACUGCUGUUUGUGACAUUCCUCCUCGAGGUCUUAAAAUGUCUGCUACCUUUAUUGGAAAUACCACUGCAAUUCAAGAAUUAUUCAAACGAAUUUCAGAACAGUUUACAGCAAUGUUUCGGAGAAAAGCAUUUUUGCACUGGUAUACUGGAGAAGGCAUGGAUGAAAUGGAGUUUACAGAAGCAGAGUCAAAUAUGAACGACCUAGUGUCAGAAUAUCAGCAAUAUCAAGAUGCCUCUGCAGAGGAGGAGGGAGAAUUUGAUGAGGAGGAAGGAGAUGAGGGAGAGGAAAAAGAUUAAGUUUGGAGUUAAAAUGCUGUUCUAUCAAAGUACAAAAUAGUUUUUAAAUGUUUUAUUUGUAUUACAUAAUUACUGUACACUAUAAAGUGCCUUCCAAGAAAUUUCUCAAGUUUACCAAACUUGAUCCUUCUGUGAUUGUGUUACAUAGGAACCUGGUUAUUAUCCAAGGUGAAGUGUAAAAAGUCUAUGAAUAAAGUCAUUUUUACCUCCUUAU